AUGGGAAUUGAUAAGAAUUUAGCGACUCUGACGUUUGUGGAUGUUGGAGUCCAGCCAGCCCACAGCAGCGCUGCAGCAGCUGCUGCUCAGCAGGGAGGAUACGAGAUUCCUGCUCGACUGAGGACCCUCCACAACCUGGUGAUCCAGUAUGCGUCUCAGGGCAGGUAUGAGGUGGCUGUGCCUCUCUGCAAACAGGCUCUGGAAGACCUGGAAAAGACUUCAGGACACGACCACCCAGAUGUGGCCACAAUGCUUAAUAUCUUAGCCCUUGUUUACAGGGAUCAGAACAAAUAUAAGGAGGCCGCCAACCUGCUGAAUGACGCUCUGGCCAUCAGGGAGAAGACACUUGGCAGGGACCAUCCAGCUGUUGCUGCAACUCUCAAUAACCUGGCUGUCCUGUAUGGGAAGAGAGGGAAGUACAAGGAAGCAGAGCCUCUGUGCAAGAGAGCGCUGGAGAUCAGAGAAAAGGUGUUGGGUAAGGACCACCCAGAUGUGGCCAAGCAACUAAACAACCUGGCCCUGCUGUGUCAGAACCAGGGCAAGUAUGAGGAGGUGGAGUACUACUACAUGAGAGCCCUGGAGAUCUACCAGACCAAACUGGGCCCAGAUGACCCCAACGUGGCCAAGACCAAGAACAACUUGGCAUCUUGUUACCUGAAGCAGGGCAAGUUCAAGCAGGCAGAGACCCUGUAUAAAGAAAUCCUAACCCGCGCUCAUGAACGGGAGUUUGGCUCUGUUGAUGAUGAGAACAAACCAAUCUGGAUGCAUGCUGAGGAGAGAGAGGAGCAAAGCAAGGGGAAGCACAAAGACGGUUCACCCUUUGGAGAGUACGGAGGCUGGUACAAAGCCUGUAAAGUCGACAGCCCCACGGUUACCACCACCCUGAAAAACCUUGGUGCCCUCUACAGGCGGCAGGGCAAGCUAGAGGCAGCUGGGACCCUGGAGGAAGCUGCGAUGCGUUCCAGAAAGCAGGGUCUGGACAAUGUGCACAAGCAGCGCGUGGCUGAGGUGCUGAGCGAGCCGGAGGCCCGAGAGAAGCAGCGAAGCCGUGAGAGCCUGAAUUCUGACACGGUGAAGUAUGAGAGCGGGCCAGACGGCGGCGAGGAAGUGAGUAUGAGCGUGGAAUGGAACGGGGAUGGCUCCGGCUCUCUGAAGAGGAGCGGAUCCUUCAGUAAACUACGAGCGUCAAUCCGCCGCAGCAGCGAGAAACUCGUUCGCAAGCUGAAAGGCGGCGGCUCGUCCCGAGACAGCGAGCCCAAAAACCCCGGCAUGAAGCGAGCCAGCUCUAUGGGGAUACUUAACGUGGCGGACAAGGCUGCGAAUGACCACUACCAAGAACGAAAUAAUUGUCUGAGAAAAAGCCGUGACCUGAGUGCCAGCCACACUAACCUGGCGCGUUGAAGGUUUUUCACUCUGAGGAGGUGAAAGGUCACAGAGAACUGAACUGAACUUCUGACCAUCCUCGAUGUAAAUAGCUGUUUGUGAAAGCUUGACAUCUCCCGUAUUCUACUUCAGCAUCAUCCCAUCAUGUGCUAACUAUACAGAUUUUAGUCUUUCAUUGCACUCUUGAAGGUUUAUGAUCUCAGAUGGUAAUUUGUGGUAUGUAAUUAUAUCAGUACAUAUCAGGAGGGGGUGGGCUGCUGUAUGUUUCCUUGUUCCAGUCUAAUUCUAUGUGCAUGUACUGUAUGUAAGUGUGUGCUGUUGUGAGUGGCUGCCCUCUCAGAUUACAGUUUAAUUUUUUUUGUUUUUUCCUAUACUAGUGGUGGUAAAAGCAGGUGCAGAGUGGAGUUUUAAUUUUAAAAUCACUUCUAAUGUGAGGCUGAAAACUGCAGUGGAUGAAGCCAGUAGGCAGUCUUAAAUGACAGAGAGGAGCUCAGUCAUUGUUUAGCUAUACCCUAACAAUAACUAUAACAGUGAUUUAAAUAUCGCUACUGCUAAAUUUGCUGCUAUGGUAGGAGUAAACAGCAACCUCUGGACCUGGAAAGGGUCAGUGAGGGACCAAAACCCCACAAUUGAUCAUCCAAAUCAAGUAAAUCUCCAUAACUGCCCAUUUUAUGAAAAGCCCAGCUUCACAGCAGAGACAAGCGUGUUUUGGUCUUUAUAGAUCAUCUCUAUCUGCAUGCAGCUUCAAAGAGUGCAUGUUUUCUAUAAAUAUAAAAGUUACCUGUUCACGCUUUCUAAGGUUUAAACCUAUGCAUAGCAAAAAAACCCAAAAAGAUUUAAAAGUGGAUACAAUUGAAUCUUAUUUAAAGUUGUUUUGUUUGAGCCUGUUUUUGCUAGCAUCUCUUUUGAAGUGACCACUAGCCAGCUCUCUAGCUUUAUCUGAUCUUUUUCCAGGUGUGCCGUUUUUUAUCCAAGUAUGUUUUGAAAAAGGAAAAUAGAAGAUUGUGAAGGACAGAAUGCUGAACCCGAGGCUUCACAGCCAUAGUCAGCAAACCAGUCGUUUAAAUCACUAUCGCUGUGUUCAUCUUUUAGAUAAAGCUGCACUGAAUUUCACUUUAAUUUGCUAAAAGCUUUCAGAUGCUUCAUUAAUUUGCUGCUCUGCUGAAACAUGACUAAAGAAACCAUGUUUGUCUUCAUUGGUACCGAUCAUUAAAACAACAAAGACCUACGAUUUAGCUCAUGAAUCCCAGUUUUUGGCCAGUGUUGAUGAUUUGACACCAUUUUCUUUAUAUUUGGUUGUGUGCUGAAUUCUAACUCUGCCAAUAAGAACAGUUCUACUUCCUAAGACUCUUCACUCUUUGUUCUGCAGAUUUCCAAAUGAAGUUGUGCACAGGGUGUAGAUUAGUUGAGAAAAUCUCCUGAUGUGUAUGAAUCUCAGCAGCUGUAGUUCACAAAAACAUGGAAACCUGUCCAGGGAUCUUUCAGCUGCCUCUUCCUAAAAAUGAUCCGUCCUGUGUUGAUUGAUUGAAUAUUUAGCUUUUGAUGUGUGAAGUUCCAUGUUUACAUGAUUUGGGGUUUGUAAAUUAUGUUUUUAUUUGUUUCUGUCUUUGCGCUGUUUCUU